CUUUUACACAUUGGUGGGGAUUCAAAAUCUUGUUGAUCGAAGUUUAGUGACAAUUGAUGAAUAUGUAAAUGAGAUAAGAAUGCAUCAAUUAGUACGAGAUAUGGGAAGAGACAUUGUUCGUCGAGAAGCACCUGUGGAUCCUGGAAAACGUAGUAGACUUUGGCAACAUUCGGAUUCUUACAAUGUCCUAAGAGGAAAAAUAGGAACAGAGGCAGUGCAAGGGAUGGUACUCGAUAUGCGUAUGAUAAAGAAAGAAAAGUACUUCAGCCCCUCAAUACCAGUGAGGCAAAAUGCAAUUAGCUUUUGGAGUACAAAAGGAAAUUCUAGUUUACAAGAUGUGAGAACUGAUGCCUUUGAGAAAAUGCACAAGCUAAAGUUUCUCCAAUUCAACAAAGUUCAAGUCAAUGGAAGUUACAAGAAUUUUCCUAAGGGAUUGAGAUGGCUAUGUUGGAUUGGAUUCCCAGAGGAGUCUAUACCAAAUGAUUUUCCAAUGGGAAAUGUUGUUUCCAUUGACAUGCGAUACAGCAGCUUGAAACUACUUUGGAAUGGAUGCAAGUUUCUCAAAUUCCUAGAGAUACUGGAUCUAGGCUAUUGCUAUGAGCUCAUCACAACACCGGAUUUCUCGGGCCUUCCCAAUCUUGAAAGGUUGAAACUUGAACAUUGUACCAAGUUAAUCAAUGUUCAUGACACCAUUGGAUGUUUGCAAAAACUCAUCCUUUUGAACCUUAAAGAUUGUCAGAAACUAAAGAGCCUUCCAGAUAGCAUAUGUGAGUUAAAAUCUCUUGAAACACUUAACAUAUCAGGCUGCUCAAAUAUUGAAUACCUACCAACAGAGCUGGAUAAAUUGACAUCACUAAAGGAGCUUUAUGCUGAUGGUAUCUCUAUGAAUAGUGUGGCAAUUACUUCUGAUCAAUUUGGGGGCCCACCAUGGUAUUCAUCCUUAUGGUCUUGGGCCUGGGCCCAAAGGGUAUCUCCUAGAAUUCAAGAAAUCCAUUUUCCUAAGUCUUUGCAUGUAUUAAAUAUUGCAAAAUGUAAUAUAUCUCCAGAUGCUUUAAGUAAGGUUGAUUUAGGCAUUAUGAGCUUGCUAGAUUGGUUAGAUUUAGGAGGAAAUCCAAUUAACAAUUUACCAGAUAGCAUCAAGAAUCUUACGCGGCUUAAAACUCUGAACAUUGCGUAUUGUACAAAGCUCAAAUGUCUUGAAGGGAUACCAUCGAAUGUUACGGACUUAAAUGCUGAUGGAUGCAUAUCAUUGGAGAAAGUAGCUUCCUGUGCAAAAGGGCAUCCAGUGGAAGGUUAUAUAAAUUGCAUCAAUCUAGUUGAAGCGGAAGGUGUGUUCAAGUUAGAGCCACUGGAAAAUGCUGAUACUCAAGUGCUUGCCAACAUGGGAAUUUCAAAUUUGGAACCUACGAUGAAAAGUAUUGUGGUUUCUCUUGUAUUUGGUCGUGCGUACAAUGCUGGAAGAGUACGAAAUGAAUACCCAAGCUUUGUACAAGAUGACAUAUCAAGUUCAUUUUCACUAUCGCCUAAGGAAUUCCCUCCUCAUAUAUUGUACCACCGUGGUGUUUUCUCUACAUUUUUGCCUGGCGAAAGCAUACCCAGUAAUUGGUUCAGCUACAAGUUCACAGAUGCAGCAGAUGUCUAUUGCACCCUACAAAAUGUUGAUAGCCAUAGAAUAAUAAAUGGUUUGAGCAUUUGCUUUGUGUACAAAUGUCCUGACGCAUACACCAACGUUGGCUUGUAUGAUGGACCAUCCAUUUGGAUAAGAAACCAAACAAAAGAUUUAAACUGGGCUCUUUAUCCUGCUUGGUUUGGCCUUCCAGAAGAUAAUAAAAGUGGGAUGAUGUGGUUUAGUUAUUGGAAAGUUGAGAAUUUGUUUCAACAAGGAGAUGUCAUUCAGGUUAUGGGAGACCCUCAGUUUGCUGAAUUUAAAGAACUUGGUGUUAAAAUUUUCUACCUUGAUGAGCAAACAGAGAAUUCUGAUUCUAAUGUGACUACUAAAGAUGACAACCCAUUUGAAGAUAUUCUGAGGAACUACUUCAGUGAUGAUGGACGUACUUACUACAUUUGCACCUGAGAUUUGCGAUAGUCAUAUUUGAUAAAUCAGUGGCGGAUGCAAAGUAUAAUGUACUGUUAAAGAAUCCAAAAGU